AUGGAAGAAAGUAAACGAUAUAUCUCGAAUGAAUUUCUGGAAGAAUUUGAAGACAAUGAAGAAAAUAUAAUUUUAAUAAAAAAAAAAAUUAACGAAUUAUCAUUUCGAUUAAAUAGUGAAAAUGAGAAACAUGCAAAUCAAUCAAUUUAUUGUGGAAUUGGUGGUAUACUAUAUAUGGAUAUAAUAUUGUAUGAACAUAAUAAUGAUUAUAUAUAUUUGGAAUUUGGUAAUAAUAUAUUAAAAAAAAUAAAUAAUUAUACAUGUAAAAAUUGUAUAAGUUUUUUAGAAGGAAAUAUUGGUGUAAUUAGUUUAUCAUGUGUUUUAAAUCAAUAUAUAGAAAAUAAUAAAAGUUUAGAAAAAAAUAUAAAAACAUUAGUUCAAAACAUUAAAGAAAAUUCAAAAGAGUUGUUACAAAUAAAUAGUAAUUGUGAAUUAUUAUAUGGAAAAAGUGGAUAUAUAUAUUCUGUUUUAUUUUGUAAAAAUACAUGGAUAAAUAGUAAAUUUAGAUUUUUUAUAUUAAAAAAUUUAUAUAAUGUUAUGAAUUCAAUAUUUGAAUAUGGUUUAACAAAAGCUGAAAAGCAUUUUAAUAAUACAUUCCUUAGUUUAUAUUUCAAAUGGCAUAAACAAAUAUAUUUAGGAAGUGCACAUGGGUAUGCAGGUAUAUUUUUAAUAUUAUAUAAGCUUAUUAUAUUUUUCUAUAAAUAUAUUAAUGAUUUAUCUAUAUCAUUAAUUUUAUGUUAUAAUGACGAAUUAAUAAAUUUAAAUGAUUUAGACGAAAAUGAAAUAAAUAAAUGUAAAAAUGUAGUUAUUUCAAAACUUGAUGAUAAUAUAAAACUUAUAUAUAAAGUAGUAGAUGAAAUAUUUCAAUUUUAUUUAACCGACGAAUAUAAUGUUUAUUCAUCAGUUAGAAGAAAACAUAAAAGUGAAGAAAAAGAUAAUGUAAUUGAUAAUUUCAAAAAAAAAAAAAAAAAAGAACAAUUAAUUCAAUGGUGUCAUGGAAAUGUAGGAUUUAUUAUUCUUUUGAUUGAAUUAUUAAAAUAUAAAUAUGUACCAAUUUAUUUUAAAGAAAAAUAUAAUCACGAAUUUUUAGAAAAUAUGGGUUAUUUAAUUUGGGAAAAAGGUUUGUUAUAUAAAGGUUUUGGGUUAUGUCAUGGUAUAUCAGGUAAUGGGAUUGUUUUUUUAUAUUUAUAUAAUUUAACAAAUGAUAAAAAAUGGUAUAUUAUGGCAUUAAAAUAUGCUCUUUUUUCUAUCAAAUAUUUUAAAAAAUUUUAUAACAUUCCAGAUAGACCUGAUUCAUUAUAUGAAGGUUAUGCAGGUUUAAUAGUUUUUUUAUCAUUUGUUUUAAAGCCAGAUUUGACAUACUUUCUUGGAUAUGAUUUUCCAAAUAGUAUUAUUUCUACUCAUAUGUAA